GUGGCCACCGCGCUGCCAUCGCUUCGAGACUUCGAGAGAAGAAGAAGGAGAAGAAGGUUGGCAUUUGGCAUCAUCAAACUUCACUUCGGCCUCUAUCAGCCGAAAUUCCGGCAAUUCUUACCCUUCUCCACAGCUUUACUUGGUAACAGUGAGAGUCCACUAUGGCGGACAGUGAUGAUGAGUACGAUAGAAAACGCCGUGACAAGUUUCGUGGAGAAAGGACGGAGUCCUAUCGUGGAGGUGAAGGGAGCCGCCGAACAACAAGCAGCGAUGACAGGAGACGAGAUGACUGGAUGACUGACAGGGAUUCUCGGAGUGGACGUAACUGGCAACGCCAGGAUUACAGAGACUACAGAAGUGGAAGUGGCCGAGAAAGAUACAGUCCACCACGUCAACAUGACAUCUCUCCUCCAAUGAAAAGAAUGCGUCCGGAAUGGCGAGGCGGAUAUGGUGGGGCUCAUGAAGGAUAUGGUGGCGGCAAUUACGGUUCUUCGUGGCAACAGGGCUAUAAUAAUGCACAUAGUCCUUAUGGCAGUGGUGGACCUGAAAGGGACUCUCAACAGUUGGAAACCCAGCCACCUAUGCAGUCUUUCAAGCAAUUCCUUCAGACCCAGGAUGACAACAUUUCUGACGAGGAAGCUAUCCGGAAGUACAAUGAAUACAAGCUGGAUUUCAAACGACUGCAGUUGAAUGAAUUCUUUGUUGCUCACAAAGAUGAGGAAUGGUUUAAGAUUAAAUACCAUCCAGAAGAAGCAAUUAAGAGGAAGGAAGAGCAAAUGGCUGCUAUGAAGAAUAGAGUUGAUGUGUACAUGGAGUUUCUUGAAAGUGGACGACUUGACAAACUCUCUGUGGACAACGACCAAUCAGAGGCACUCAUUACACUUCUUGAUGCUGUUGUUAUCCGUUUGGAAGGUGGCACUGACUUUGAUUUGCAAGUUUUGGAAGAACCAAGAAGUUCCUCAAGUUUAAGUUCAAGGGUUAAGGAAGUAACUGAAACUGUAGAUAUAACUGAGGACAAGAAAAAUGAAGAUGGGAAAGAAAAGAAGGAUAUCAAGAAGACAUCUGCAGAAUCCGGCUCUAAAGGUAAAAAGAGGAAACGCGAAUAUGACUCAGGCAAUGAUGAUGACAGUGGAAGUGAAAGCGGUGAUGAUGAUCGAUCUACUACUCCCCCAAUUGAACCAAACAAAAAUGGUAUUGAUGGUGGUGAAAAUGAUACUGAAAAGCCCUCCAGCCCCAAAGCAGACACAAAGGAGGAGGAAACACCAUCCAUGGAUGAAGGAGAAAGUGACAAGAAAUCUGCUGCCAAGGAUGAAACUGAGAGAAUGGAGGUAGAGGAGUCAGAAAGUAAAGAGGAAGCAAAGAAUGAAACCAGCAACAGUAAACCAGAAAGUGAUUCAAAAGAGAACAAUGAUCAAGAAGACAAUGAUGAAGCUGAAGAAAAGGUUAAUAAAGAAGUUGAACCCAAAGCAUCAGAUGCAGAGGAAGAUGCUGAAGAUGACGAGGGCCGCAGUAAAAAGAGAAGAAAGAGUUCAAGUGCCAAAGAUGAUGACACAAAAGAACCAGAUAUUGAAGAAGUAGAAGCUGAGAAAGUUUUGAAACCAAGACCCCUGCAUCGCACAGCUUCAAUUUUCCUUCGCAAUCUGGCUCCUACUAUAACCAAGCAGGAAGUGGAAGCCAUGUGCAAGCGCUAUCCAGGAUUUUUGCGAGUUGCGAUCGCGGAUCCCCAACCUGAUCGACGUUGGUUUAGAAGAGGAUGGGUCACUUUUGAGAGAAAUGUUAACAUCAAGGAAAUAUGUUGGAAUUUGAACAACAUCAGGCUCCGUGAUUGUGAGCUGGGUGCUAUUGUGAAUAGGGACUUGAGCAGAAGAAUAAGGACUGUGUCUGGCAUCACCUCACACAAGCAAGUUGUGCGCCAUGAUAUCAAGCUAACAGCUAAAAUAGUUCACAAUUUAGACGAAAAGGCUGGAUUAUGGACAAACGAAAGCAAUCAGUCCACUGCUGCGAACAAUGAAGAAGCAGGGAAAGAGAAUUCGGAUGAAUCCAAAGAACCUGUUGAAGUUCCAAAGUCUGAUAAACAAGACGCUAAUCAGUCUUUUGGGCUGUUGUCGAAAAAUCCAGUGCUGAAAAAUAUUACUGAUUAUUUAAUUGAGGAGGCCUCAGCAGAGGAAGAAGAAUUGUUAGGUCAGAGCACUGACCAGGAAGAGGGUCAAGUAGAAGAUAUUGCCACAGUGGAAAGGGAUGAUAAUUUGAUCAAGGUACUGGACAAGCUUCUGUUGUAUUUAAGAAUUGUCCAUUCAGUUGAUUAUUACAAUCACUGUGAGUAUCCAAACGAAGAUGAGAUGCCCAACCGGUGUGGAAUCAUGCAUGCCCGAGGUACCCCUCCCUCAACAAAGGUCACUCCACAAGAAAUAACAGAUUACAGCCGAAUGUUUGAACAAAAAAUUGCCUCAUUCUUGCAGCCCACCUCCAAAAUAUCAGAUGAAGAGUACUCAAAACUUGGUGCCAAAGAUGCUGACACUGAGGUGGAAAAGUUCGUCCAAGCAAACACCCAGGAGCUGGCCAAAGAUAAGUGGCUAUGUCCUCUCUCUGGGAAAAAAUUCAAAGGUCCUGAAUUUGUUCAAAAACACAUCUUCAAUAAACAUGCAGAGAAAGUGGAAGAAGUGAAAAAGGAGGUUGAAUAUUUCAACAACUACCUGAAAGACCCUAAGCGACCACAACUUCCAGAGCAUCCUUCUAAUCGACCAGAUCGCAAAGGUUCUGAAGGAGGACGAGAUCCAUUUUCACACCCACCAGCACCAUACCCGCCCCAUUAUCAAAUGAACUACAAUGCUCCUCGCCAUGGGAACUAUCACUAUGGUGGGGGCGGAGGAGGAGGGGGCGGCGGAGGUGGCUAUGGGUCAUAUGGCCAUGGAGGAGGAGGAGGCGGAGGUGGAGGUUACAACUCGUAUUCACGCGGUAACCGUGGCGGAUACAACAGAGGAAGGGGUGGUGGCAGUGAUUACAGGCCUGUCAUCCACUACCGAGACUUGGACGCUCCGAGGGAACCAGAUGAAUUUAUCUAAGACUUCAUGCCUCCAGUCCAGGGCACCGCUUUGUCUUUUGAAUGGCCAGGGUGCCUUAAUUCUCAGACACGUUUGUAAAAUUUAGAAAUGUUUUCUAGCUCUUUAUAUGGAUAGAUCCAUUUUAAUUAGUAACUUAAGCAUGGAGUGUGAGUUGUUUUUUAUGCUCUGUAGGCUGUAUAAAGUUUUUCAAGUCUACAAUUGAUUUUGACAGUGAGGGGAUGCUCAAAUUCCUUUACAGUGUGUAAGAUGCAUAAAGUUUUAAUAAAAUAGUCAACAAUAAAA